UGACGUCAGCAGGUCAGGUAGAGCGCAGAGGUGUUCAAUCAGGUUCGCGGCGCGUGUACAAGCUCCUCGAGAAGGAUUUUUAUUAUCAAGGCGCUCGAGCUCUUUAACCUGACCUUCUUACAGCAGGAUGACUAGUAGGGGGAGGACUGAAGGAUGUCGUUUAUGUGGUGGGAGUCUACAGGGCAACCAACGCCGGUGGCUUUUUGCGGCACAUAAUAGGAAAGGGGCCCAGAAUCAGAGUCCAACACGGUCACUUUGCAAAGAGUCUGCCUAUCUUCUGUCACCGACCAGGUCUGCCCAGAGCAGCCCAUGGGGCAGUACAUUAUCUCUUGGCUCCUCAAAUUCAUUGUACAAAUCUCAUACCCUUCCUACCCCUAAUAAAGGAAUGGACCUACUUGCUGUGCUGACACACAUAUUAGGGCAGACUGUAACACGGGGAAAUGGGAAAGAGGAGUUUGUAUGUGGCAAAUGUGUGUCUGUGCUUGAACGAGUGUUUAAGUUUGACACAGUCAUAGCCAGAGUACAAGUUUUGUCCAGGGAGAGGCUUCAGAAACUAACUCAGGAAAGGGAUAGGUUAAGACUGUGGGUGCGAAGUCGUUAUAGACAGCGCCAUCCAUCUGACCUGAAGAGCAGAGGAAGCUCUAGUGAAGAUGAUUUUGAGCUGGGAGAAAACGACUCAGGGAAAGCUUACCGAGAGAUGCUGAGUGAUAACAUGGCUCUCGCCGCGUAUGAAUGUUGGUCUGAGAAAGCUGAGUCGUGUCCACAUUUUAAGAGAACUGGUAAACGAUGCAGCAAAUUGAAAAAUUGUGAGUGUUGUGACUCCUUAAGGGUGUCAGAUUAUAACUAUGAAUUUAUUUGUGGAGUUCCUCGCCACCUACCAUCAGAAGCCCUGUCUCCGUUUAGCCUAUCUCGGGACAAGUCCCAGAGUAUGCCUCUGCACUGGUCCAAAGCUCCGUCACUCCACUCUAGUCCUGCCUCCUUAUCUGGUUCCUGCCAUUCACUUAAAGCGCGAUCACUUGACUCUGUAGAUGGUCAUGAUCCAUUUGAUUGGUCAGAUGAGAAUUCGCUCAUCUUGGACUCAAUCCUCCAUAAGCUGAAAAGUAUAGAGGGCAAACCAGUCAGGUCUCCAACAGGAAGCCGCAUCCCAGUGUUAGUGAAGGGACCAAAUGGCAUUUUAGUAGAUGGAUCACCUCCAAUCAAGGUCACACGGGUGCUGAGCUUUGGACAGGGAGAUGAACAAGAGGAGGAAGAUUUGAAUGGGGAGAGUGAGGAUGUGCUGACUGAACUGAGGGAUGAAUUUCUGACAUUGCAUAGAGAGGGCACUACGGCCAGAGUGCAUCUUGUAGUUAAGCAGUUACAAGAGCAGCUGGAUCAAGCACAGGCUCGUAUCAGGACAUUAGAGGCGGGGCUUCAGAACAGCACACUUUCAGUCCCCAAUAAGACCCAUCAGUCAAAGGAGUCACUAUCAGUGCAUCCAAGUGGCAGCUCAGGGGAUGAAAACGGCCUGAUCCAGAAUCUUAGCCAUUCACUGCAAAGCAGAGACAAAGUUAUACAGGAAUGUAUGACUUUGAUCCGAAAGCUGUGUGUGGACCUUGGUUCAGGGUUAGAGGAGGCUGAUAAGCUCAUCGGCAGAGUGACUGUCACUCUGACUGAUACACGUUCAGAGCGAGAGGAGGCCUUGGAAUCUGAGCUCAAUGAACUGAAUGAGAGAGAAAUAAGUCUGCAGAAAGAGCUGCAGGUGCUUCAGGAGGCAAGCAGAGGGCAGGAGAGAGAUCUCCUCACUCUCAACAGUGUGCUCCAGUGUAACCAGGAUGUCAUCAAUCAUUUGCAAGUAGAACUGGCUGAGAAGACUCAAUCACUGCAGGACAUGCUGAAAGAGAGGGAGUUAUGGAAAGAGCGGCACUCUGCCCUGGAAAAGGUGCUACAGGAAAAAGAAGCUCUCAUUACUCGACUGCAGCAGGGACUAGAGAGCUCCCACAAUGAUGUUCAGGCCCUCUCAGAUUCUCUGAUUGGUCGUGGAUUGCCAGGAGGUGGAACUGAUGGGGCUUUGGCCAGUCAGGUGCGAGAGCAGGAGUCCUUGCUUUCUGUCUGCCUCAAAGAUUGGGAAGCACACACUGCUACCACAAGGCAGGAAGUCUCAAAACUCUGUACAGCUUUAGAACAAGCUGAGGCUGUAAUACAGAACCAAAGUCAAAGUCACAAACAGGCCAUCACAGAACUAUCAGAGCAGCUGAGAGACUCUCGAAAGGAGCUUAGGGAGAUGAUCAAAGACACCAAGCUGGCAGAACAAGCCUGGAAGUCUGAAAGGGCAAAGAGAGAUUUAGAAGAAGGGCGACUAAGAGAAAGUUUACAGAAAAGAGAUAAGCUCGUUGAGCAAGUGCUCUUGGAUGCAGAGAAGAGAGAUGGCAUGCUAAUAGAACUGCAUCAGGACAUCUUCAGUAAGGUUGAACCAAGGGUCGGCCUCAAACACACACUAUGAUGUGUGUUAAGGAGAAUGACAAAUGUACACUGGAAUGUAUAUAUGGUGCAUAUAUGUUGAACUUAGACGACCAUAUCUUUGUAAUAACACUGCCACAGAUCGAUAAAGGCCCCUAAUUUAGUCUCAACUACCAAAUGCCUUACUGCUUUUUAUUAAGUCAAUGUUUUUGUUUGUUUGUUUUUGUUUUUAAAGUAAUUCUUUGCCUUCAACUGUAUUCCGUUGACUGCAGUUUUCUCCAUUCAGUUAAUUGUAAACUUAUUGACUUUGUGUUUUUCAAGACAUGGUGUGAUGGUUUUAAUUUAUUUCUCAGCAAAACAUAAUACUCUACACAAAAUCCUUUAUUAUUGAUUCCUUUCCAGUACCAAAGUGCACAUGCUAUUUUCCAAAAAUGUAAUAUUUUUUAUUUUUGUAUUUCUGGGAUUAAGUGAGGGGGCCAUUUUGAGUUGUUUUUGCCUAUAAACCAUUACUUUCUUCCAGGCCAGGGAGAGAGAAAUUAUGUUUGUGUGCCAUUCUUUAUUUUUUUUUAAUUUAUAUUUUUAUUUUCUUAUUGAGUAGUGCAGUGGUGCAAUGGGUUACUUUGUUUUUAGCUUUCUUUGUUUAAUAAUUUAUUAGGGAAUACAGCCAAGUGUAACUUGAUAAUCCCUUUUUUGUCUACUGUCUCCUUUAUAUGUAGGCCGAGAGCCUUUAAUCUGACAUUUGACAUUUGGUUGAGGUUAUGCAUGUGCCAAGUGAUUGUGCUUUCUUGAGAGCAAUAACAAUAAACUCCAUUAUCAUAUUAUUAAUCAAAUGAGCUCAAGAUAUUUCAUUAUUAAGAAUCCUAUUCGAAGGUUCACAGAUCGCAUUUUUACUGCCAUGUGCUAAAAGGGAAUGUGAUAGUAGCUGAUCGAGUUGCAGAAUUACCUUGUUCUUGUCUGACCUCGUUUACUAAAUGGUUUUAUGUUCUGUACCAUAUUAAACAAUGUGACUUAAUACAUUGA